GCCUGGAAAAGUAGGUGUGGAGUUGGGUUGGAGCUGGGGCACGUGAGAUUUCACGUGUAGAAGCAGAUGGGUUUGAUGUGGCUGGUUGUGUGGGUGGACUACGGAAACUUUGAACCUAAAAAUGGGCAGGGGCCUGAGGAUGGAAAGGGUGGAGCCCUGUAGCUCGAAAAAGCUCACGGUCCAGUUUUACAGUCUCGCCGUCGCCGUCGGACCCCGUCUUUGGAAAAGGAAUUCCCCAGGACCGAAACGGCCACUCUCCAGAGCUCUCGGCCCAGAAUAAAGACCAACGUCCCGCCACCUUUGCCCAAUCAUGUCGGCGUCAAGCAGGGGAGGAAGUGCCGUAUCGGCGCUGCUGAGGAACUCGCCCAGGGUAUGCUCGCAAUGCAGGGCAAGCCAACCGCCAUAUCUUUCCGCCUCUUCCUCGCCAUUGAGCGCCGCCCGCCGCUUUUAUGUCCAGGGCGCGACAUCGGCCUCUUCCCCUGAGACGACUCUACCUUCGUCGCCGUCGUCCUCCCCCCUAGAAUCCACGCCCACAGACGCCGCCGCGGCUACGACGCGCUACAGGAUCAGGGCGGGUGUGAUCCUGACGCGGCCGCCGCUGCUAACGCGGGAGCUGACGCCGUUCGAGUCCUCCUUCUUCCUCUACCAGAAGCGCCUAAACGAGCGGCUGACGCCCAAGUUCCGGCCCAAGCUGUACUUCAAGACGGACACGGCGGCGCAGCUGGACUGGCGCAUCAAGCUCAAGGAGCGCCACGGCGUGGCCGCCAAGGACAUUGGCCGCUACAACCCGCGCGGGCGCACGGCGUGGAACGACGAGCUACUAGUGGGCAGCCGCACGAGCUCGCCCGAGGAGAUGUACGACCGCCUACUGCACGACGCCCAGUCCCGCAUCAGCGAGGACGGCGAGGUCAUCCCCGUCGACGAGCUCGUGCCCGUCGAGCGCCCCAUGCCGCGCCGCACCGAGGCCGACGAGGAGCACGACGUGCGCCGCCUCGACCGCGCCCUCGACCGCACCCUGUACCUAGUCGUCAAGCGCCAGCUGCCCCCCAGACUGCUCGACGGCAAGCAGUCGACCGUCUGGGUCUUCCCCACCGCCGACGUGCUCACGCACGAGGCGCUACACGAGACGGCAGCGCGCGCGCUUGCCGAGUCGGCCGGCGUCAACAUGAACACGUGGAUCGUGGGCCGCGUGCCUGUGGCCCACUACGUGCGCGCCCCGCGGAUAACACAUAAGGACGAGGACCUGCCGCUGUCGCGCCAGAUGCAGCAGCAGAACCGCACCGAGAAGGUCUUCUUCCUCAAGGGCAGGAUCAUGGCCGGCCAGGCCAACCUGGCGGGAAACCUGCACGGCCUGACCGAUUUCCAGUGGCUGACGAGCGACGAGCUCAAGGACGUUGUCUUCCCCGACUACUACAGGAGCGUCGAGAACAUGUUUGACGCUAGGUGAAGACAGACGAGAACUGGAACUGGAACUGGGGGGGCAUGUAUAUAUAUCUUGUUUUCGACAAGGACAAAAAAUAAGAGGAAGCAGGGCUCGUGUGUCUGUGUAUGUGUGGGCGGCUGUGGCGAGUGAGCGGGUGGUGGCUGGCUAGCUAGCUAGCUCGAGGCGGUCGAGGUACCUAUCACCUACCUAGACUACCUAGGGAUCUACCGAAAAGCCUGGCCGGGGCAGGGGGGCAAGAACUAGAGAACAGGGGAGGCUUAUCUCAUGCUCUCGUGGCUGAUCUUGUGUGAGUGUGGGCCCUGUUGUAAUCUAUAUAGAAGAGGAGAAUAGAGGAGGGGGCUAGAUAUGUAUGUCUACUAUCUAUUACAGUACUUACCUUA